AUGAUCAAUGACAAGACGGUUGCUGUCGAACAUCUUGCAGAGGUGUCACCCGAUGAGCUGGCAGACGUUGCACGCGACGGGCGGGUAUUCCGCAUGUCGUGCGUCUCGUGCGUGCCCAACAUUGAGAGCGCAUGCCUCGGUGUGCACAGCAUUGUGUCGUGUGGGCCUGCUCACUGGCACCGCGCCGGUGAAGCCCUGCAGCCAUCAUCGCCAGCAUUGGCGAGGUCGGCGAACACGAAGGCCCGCGAGGAAACGCACACAUCAACAAGACACCACAUUGAUGAUGCGUCGGGCCGUAUGGAAGUCAAACACGAGACCUAUGCAACGGGACCACGCGACAUGAUCACAUACUCCUGGGAUGCACGCAUCGUCGAUGACAUGUCGCAACGCAUAAUCUCAUCCUCAUGCUGUACUCUGACUUGCGGUGGUGGCGACCUCUUCUUUGAGACCGGCAUUCUCCUCUUCACCUUUGUGUCGCCCGGGCGGUACAUCGAACACCUCGCCAAAGGCAGCACCUCCAGCCUGCCGAAGGACGAUAGUCAAGGCAACCGCGUGGAGGAGCGAUUGACACCGAGCUCGUGCAGCGCGGCGACGACCUGA